UUUGGACCUUGGAACUAUCAACGCCUGCAACCAGAUCGCCAGGCUUUAUCAUACGCAACAUUCCAACUGGCCUAUAUACCCCUGAACCAUUCUUUUCUCUCUUCUGCGCAUCCACAGCAUCAGUUCUGGGCUCCUUUGCCAGCCAGAAUCAUGGCCCCUGCUAGACAACAGCCGGCGCCGCCCCCCUUCAGCAAGGACGAAAAAGUCCUCUGCUUUCACAUGGACAUGCUUUACGAGGCCAAGAUCAUGGACGUGCAGGCUGGUGAGAAGCCCGGUGACGGGUACAAGUACAAGGUGCACUACAAAGGGUGGAAGAACACCUGGGACGACUGGGUCCUGGUUGACCGUAUCCGACCCUUCGACGACGAGCACAAAGAGCUCGCCGCCCAGCUUCACGCUCAGCUGAAGCACAACCUGCAGAGAAGUGCCAAGCAGCCCAAGAAGGGCCUACGGAGCGGUGCGGAAUCCGCCAGGGUCAGUGAAGAGCGAUCCGGGUCCGCCACUAUCCAAGGAAGCCGAGGAGGCAGACGCGGAAAGGACUGGGAACUUGAGCAGGAGGACUCCUUUCACAACAAGCCUAUGAUCAAUAUCCCGAUACCCGACCACAUUCAGGCUAUGCUGGUAGACGACUGGGAGAAUAUCACCAAGAACAACCAACUCGUCCCCCUUCCUCACUCUAAGCCAGUGAGCAAGAUUCUGGACGACUAUCUGGCCCAUGAGCGACCCCACCGAGAAGAAGGAUCCUCCAGCAUGGAUAUCCUCGAAGAAGUCGUUGCCGGAUUCCGUGAGUACUUUGAGAAGGCCCUUAGCAGGAUUCUCCUGUACCGAUUCGAGCGUCACCAGUUCAUGGACCUCCGCAAAAUGUGGGAGAAUGCAGAGUCCGACUCUGCGACGAAGACGGUCUGUGAUGUCUACGGCGCCGAGCAUCUCGCUCGUUUGAUUGUGUCCCUCCCUGAGCUCUUGGCGCAAACCAACAUGGAUCAACAGUCCGUUUCGCGACUCCGGGAGGAGAUUGGCAAGUUCAACGUUUGGCUUGGACGCAACUGCGAGAACUACUUUGUCAGCGAGUACGAGACCCCUUCUCAGGACUACAUCGACAAGGCUCGCAGCUCCUAA